CACUAAAAGAAGCAAAUAAAAAUAAAUAAAUAAGAGAGACGUUUUUGUUCUCCAGCGUUGCACUUGCAUGAGGAAACGAUUCGACCGGCGGACGAGUGUUUUCUCCUUCAGCGUAAAACAUGCCAAGGUCUUUCCUGGUCAAAAAGGUGAAGCUUGAUGAUUUCUCAUCCUCUGAUCUUGAGAGCUCCUAUGGCAGAUCCAGGGCAGACAUCAGCCUGCGCUUUCACGAGAAAGCCUACAUCAGUGACUACAUGACCCCGGCUCCGUAUGAUGGAGAGAGCGACAGCGGCAUCAAAGUGCCCUCUCCGGGACCCAUCUACGACAGCAUCCACAGCGAUUACGGAGCGCCGGACUCGGAUCAACCGGACAGCCCGCAGUCGGAGAUCUCGUCAGGCUACAUCAACGGAGACACGGCGGUCAGCGAGGGGUACACGGUGGACGCCUUCUUCAUCACGGAUGGACGCUCACGGAGAAAAGCCAUCAGCAGCCCUAGGACCCUCCAGAGGCACACGUGUAACGAGUGCGGAAAGACCUACGCCACGUCUUCCAACCUGAGCAGACACAAGCAGACGCACCGCAGCCUGGACAGCAAAAUGGCCAAGAAGUGCCCGACCUGCGGGAAGGUUUACGUCUCCAUGCCGGCCAUGGCCAUGCAUCUGUUGACCCACGACCUCAAGCACAAGUGCGACAUAUGCGGGAAGGCCUUCAGCAGGCCGUGGCUUUUACAGGGACACAUGCGCUCGCACACUGGCGAGAAGCCCUUCGGGUGCGCACACUGCGGGAAGGCCUUCGCUGACCGCUCCAACCUGCGGGCGCACAUGCAGACACACUCGGCCUUUAAGCACUACAAGUGCAAGAGAUGCAACAAGACCUUCGCUCUGAAGUCCUACCUGAACAAGCACUACGAGUCGGCCUGCUUCAAGGGAGCCUUCGCUCCCCUGAGCCCCAUGGAAGUGUGAAGAAAACACAGAGGAUUAAUCGCAUGUACCUUAACUUCUUUCUGUACUCGCUGUUCAUUCACCCCAAAACUCAGAGGACAUUGAAAAUGUCUGUGUUUCUCUCGAAAGGUCAAACCUUUUCUAAGUAUUGGAUAAUAUUGUACUGCUGCCAGUGGCCACAAAAGUGUUCAGCAUCGAGGUAAAACUAUUUAUUCAUUGACUUAUUUAUUUAUCUAUUUAUUUGUUUAUUUGUUUCCUACAAACUGUGUAAGUUUGCACUUUAAUUUGUCCUUCAGUUGCCAAGCCUUCGUCAUCAAUAUGCCAAAGCAUUUGCCACUUUCUGAAUAUCUUAUUUUUUUGGUUGCCACUUUAUUAUUAGAAAUUUGUUGCAUGCAAAAAAAAAAAAAAA